GACCCUUGCCCCUGGGGGUGCAGACCCUCCUCCACCGGAGGGUGUCAGAAUUCUUUCUGACUUGGGAAGCGGGAGGGGAACCCAGGUGAUGUGGCCUAGUGAGGGCUGGGCAGCUGCUGGCCAGGUGUGGACACAGCAUAGGAGAGUAGCCAAGCCUGACCCGUCUCAACCAUAGUGGCCCAAGUUUUACGAUUUCCUAUAUUGGGCUUCCACAUAAGAUCUGAUUUUUUAAAGAUUCUGUGGCUUUAAAAAAAAAAGUUUGAAAACCUCUGGUCUAGCAGUUUUUACCAUCUAGGAAACUGAGGCCUAGAGAGAGGAAGUGACUUAGAUCACAGAGAAAAUGAGUAAAGAUUGGAAUUCAGAAUUUCAGCGCAGCCUUCAGUGCCUGUUACAGGACCUGGCUUGGUGUCUCUUUGCUGGAAAGAGAGAUGGGACCAGGUUUCCCAGGCAGCCCUGUCCACGCCAGACCCCCAGUGCCUGGGAAACAGCAGCUGGACCUGGGGGAGGUUCAGUUUGGGUGCCUCGGAGUGGGUGUCUGUGUCAGGAGUUUCCUGGGACUGGAGAAAAGGGCUUUGACCUAGAACACAGCCACGAAGAGCACCCACAGGUCUCUCUGUGGCCACAGCCUGGAGCUGACUCCCAUGUGAGAGGGCUUCACAGGAGGCUGGAAAUACAGCAAGCCUCCGGGUUUGAGCCGAACUGGGACUCAGAGGAGCCGGCAGCCCUCAUUCUCCCCGCACAGUCCUGCCCGUCUCGGUCCCAUGCCCCCGCCAGUCAGCCCCGGGCCACAGGCAGUGAGCAGGCACGCGGGAGCCGAGGCCCUGUGACCAGGCCAAGGAGACGGGGGCUCCGGGGUCCCGGCCACCUGUCCCCCCCAUGGAGCUGAGGCCCUGGUUGCUAUGGGUGGUAGCAGCAGCAGGAGCCUUGGUCCUGCUGGCGGCCGAUGCCCGUGGCCAGAAGGUCUUCACCAAUACCUGGGCCGUGCACAUUCCUGGAGGCCCAGCCGUGGCUGACAGUGUGGCACGCAAGCAUGGCUUCCACAACCUGGGCCAGAUCUUCGGCGACUAUUACCACUUCUGGCAUCGAGCGGUGACAAAGCGGUCCCUGUCACCUCACCGCCCGCGGCACAGCCGGCUGCAGCGGGAACCUCAAGUACAGUGGCUGGAGCAGCAGGUGGCAAAGCGACGGACCAAACGGGAUGUGUACCAGGAGCCCACGGACCCCAAGUUUCCCCAGCAGUGGUACCUGUCUGGUGUCACCCAGCGGGACCUGAACGUGAAGGAGGCCUGGGCCCAGGGCUACACGGGGCGUGGCAUCGUGGUCUCCAUUCUGGACGAUGGCAUCGAGAAGAACCACCCAGACUUGGCAGGCAAUUAUGAUCCUGGGGCCAGCUUCGAUGUCAAUGACCAGGACCCUGACCCCCAGCCUCGGUACACGCAGAUGAAUGACAACAGGCAUGGCACACGGUGUGCAGGCGAGGUGGCCGCAGUGGCCAACAACGGUGUCUGUGGCGUAGGUGUGGCCUACAAUGCCCGCAUUGGAGGGGUGCGCAUGCUGGACGGUGAAGUGACAGAUGCGGUAGAGGCACGCUCGCUGGGCCUGAAUCCCAACCACAUCCACAUCUACAGCGCCAGUUGGGGCCCCGAGGACGACGGCAAGACCGUGGAUGGGCCAGCCCGCCUUGCUGAGGAGGCCUUCUUCCGGGGGGUCAGCCAGGGCCGCGGGGGGCUGGGCUCCAUCUUUGUCUGGGCCUCUGGGAACGGGGGCCGGGAACAUGACAGCUGCAACUGCGACGGCUACACCAACAGCAUCUACACGCUGUCCAUCAGCAGCGCCACGCAGUCCGGCAACGUGCCCUGGUACAGUGAGGCCUGCUCGUCCACGCUGGCCACAACCUACAGCAGUGGAAACCAGAACGAGAAGCAGAUCGUGACCACUGAUCUGCGGCAGAAGUGUACGGAGUCUCACACAGGCACCUCUGCCUCUGCCCCCUUGGCAGCAGGCAUCAUCGCUCUCACCCUGGAGGCCAAUAAGAACCUCACCUGGCGGGACAUGCAGCACCUGGUGGUACAGACCUCAAAGCCAGCCCACCUCAAUGCUAACGACUGGGCCACCAAUGGUGUGGGCCGCAAAGUGAGCCAUUCAUAUGGCUACGGGUUACUGGACGCAGGUGCCAUGGUGGCUCUGGCCCAGAACUGGACGACGGUGACCCCCCAGCGGAAGUGCAUCAUCGACAUCCUCACUGAGCCCAAGGACAUCGGGAAGCGGCUGGAGGUGCGGAAGACUGUGACCGCCUGCCUGGGGGAGCCCAGCCACAUCACGCGGCUGGAACACACUCAGGCACGGCUCACCCUGUCCUACAACCGCCGCGGUGACCUGGCCAUCCAUUUGGUCAGCCCCAUGGGCACCCGCUCCACCCUGCUGGCCGCCAGGCCGCACGACUACUCUGCAGACGGGUUUAAUGACUGGGCCUUCAUGACGACCCAUUCCUGGGACGAGGACCCCUCUGGCGAGUGGGUCCUGGAGAUUGAAAACACCAGCGAAGCAAACAACUAUGGGACGCUGACCAAGUUCACCCUUGUGCUGUAUGGCACGGCCCCCGAGGGGCUGCCCACAGCUCCUGAGAGCAUCGGCUGCAAGACCCUCACGUCUAGCCAGGCCUGUGUGGUGUGCGAGGAAGGCUUCUCCCUCCACCAGAAGAGCUGUGUCCAGCGCUGCCCUCCAGGCUUCGCUCCCCAAGUCCUCGACACGCACUACAGCACCGAGAACAGCGUGGAGAUCAUCCGGGCCAGCGUCUGUGCCCCCUGCCACGCCUCGUGUGCCACGUGCCAGGGGCCAGCCCCCACAGACUGCCUCAGCUGCCCCAGCCACGCCUCCCUGGACCCUGUGGAGCAGACGUGCUCCCGGCAAAGCCAGAGCAGCCGUGAGUCGCCGCAGCCGCAGCAGCCGCCGCCCGCAGAGGUGGAGGCAGAGCCGCGGCUGCGGGAGGGGCUGCUGCCCUCACACCUGCCCGAGGUGGUGGCCGGCCUCAGCUGCGCCUUCAUCGUGCUGGUCUUCGUCACUGUCUUCCUGGUCCUGCAGCUGCGCUCGGGCUUCAGCUUCCGAGGGGUGAAGGUGUACACCAUGGACCGUGGCCUCAUCUCCUACAAGGGGCUGCCCCCCGAAGCCUGGCAGGAGGAGUGCCCGUCCGACUCAGAAGAGGACGAGGGCCGGGGCGAGAGGACCGCCUUUAUCAAAGACCAGAGCGCCCUUUGACGAGCGCCUACUGCCCGCCCCUUCGAGCCCAUCCCCUCCUGGGGCACUUUUUAAUUCACCAAAGUAUUUUUUUAUCUUGGGACUGGGUUUGGACCCCAGCUGGGAGGCAAGAGAGGCAGAGACGGCUUCCCACCCUACCCUUGGGACCCCGGCUGCCUGAGGUGGGACCCCGGGACCAGCUGGGGAGCAGGAGAGGGCCUCUGCCCACCCCCAGCAUGCCUGCGUGUGGAGAAAGGAGUGAAACCUUUAGGGCAGCUUUCCAAGGUCCAGGCCCCAGCCAGAGUUCCCUGCGGAGUGAAGAGGGGCAGCCCUUCCCUUACGGGAUUCCUGACCCGGGCUGCAGUUCUCUCCCCUUCCCUGUCCCUCUAAAGCAAUAAUGGUCCCCAUCCAGGCAGCAGGGAGGCUGGCCUAGGGGGUAUUUGAAGGAGGAGGCCACCUCUCUAAGGGCUUUUGCAUCCCUGACCCCGUCCCCCACCUCUGGUGAGCCUCGGGUGGAAGCAGUAAGCGAAGGAAGGGACCAAGGUAAGGCAGGCACUUCCAGGGUGCACACGUGUGUGCACACGUGUGUUUGUUCCUUUGCCCACCUCCACUACAGCUGGCUGCCUGCUGAGCGAGGCUGGCCCGGCCCCAUGCUGGUGUGCUGACCACCCUCCCCUCUCUGGCACCCUCUCCUCCUGCCAGGGCCCAAGUCCCUGUUUUCUGAGCCCGGGGCUGCCUGGGCUGUUGGCACUCACAGUCCCGGAGCCCCUGGGUGGGUGGUGGGGAGGGACGGUGGCCCAGCCGGCCUCUCCCGCCUCCCACCCGAUGCUGCUUUCCCCUGUGGGGAUCUCAGGGGCUGUUUGAGGAUAUAUUUUCACUUUGUGAUUAUUUCACUUUAGAUGCUGAUUUUUUUUUUUUUUUUUGGUAUUUUUAAUGGGGGUAGCAGCUGGACCAUCCACCUCCCCACACCCACUGUCCACCCUGCUGUUCCCCCCAGCUGCCCUGGCCCUGAGGUGUGGGGGUCUGCAGCGUGUUGCUGAGGAGUAGCCGAGCCCCAGGUCCUGAAGAGGCAGGCCAGGCCAGGUGGGCCCUAGGAAAGGAGGAGUACGGUAGAAGGGGCAGGCUGUCGUCCACUUCGGAUGGGGCUCCUCGUGCCAAGGGCUCAUGGGUCACUGGUUCUCCAAGUGCCAGGGGUGGGCAGGCAGUGGCACUGAGCCCCCUCCAACACUGUGCCCUGGUGGAAAAAGCACUGACCUGUCCUGCCCCCCAAGGCCCCCUCUUCUGACGUGCCUUUUGUACCCCUCCCAUUAGGACAAUCAGUCCCCUCCCGUUUGGGAGCCCCCUUUUCUUUCUCUCCCCUAGCCCCUCCUGGCACCCAGCCACCUGCCCAGGGGCGCCCCCGCCUCUCCCAUCCCCCCCACCCUUGUGGCCAGCCCAGCUGGUUUUGUAAGAUACUGGGUUGGUGCACAGUGAUUUUUUUUUUUCUUGUAAUUUAAACAGGCCCAGCAUUGUUGGUUCUAUUUAAUGGACACGAGGUAAUGUUAGAGGUUUUAAAGUGAUUAAACGUGCAGACUAUGCAAACCAG